UAUAAUAUAUAUAUAAAUAUAUCGGCGUUUGAAUAUCAGAUGGAGCUUAAUCGAUCCUUUUUGCGUCGUUUCCCAUCUGCCUAAAUAUAUAGCCAAUAUAUUUCAAAGUAGUUUAUGAAAAACAUUGAAAAUAGAAUCACAUAGGCAUAGCAUUCACCAAUGAAAUGGAAAUCCACACACUAUUCCUGCUUAUAAUACUACAAAUUGUGUACAGAUCUGGCGAUGCCAAACCUCAUUCGGUCCAGCACCUUCUUACUCCUGUCCAGAUCGACAGAAGUAACUUUACGAACAAUGCUAACAUUAAAAAUUUCCCGAACAAUGAUCAAAUCCAAAGAAGUAACACCACGAAAAAUGAGUCAGUGGAUGCCUUAGAAAAGAAUACGUUGCUCAGCGAACUUCCAAACGUUUUAAAUUAUUCAAUUACGCAUAUUCCGCGGGAAAAGCGCGAAAUUAGGUUAAAAGACAUUGAUUUGAUGUUGGUGCACCAUCCAUGCGAAUUGGACAUUGGAAAGCAUCAAAUGCAUAAAAUUCCAAGCCCUUGUCGUAUUUCGUACCGUAGUCGAUACAUUUCGGAGGAUCAUUUCAAAUCAUAUCGACUAUACCAACUGGAGGGCUUUACGUUUGGCCAGCAUUAUGAGCGCUUUAGGCGAUAUGAAACGGAACAGCACACCUUUGAGUACAGAGGUACUGAUAUGUUUAAUGGUUAAAGGUCGACAAUAUUCUGUUAGUGCCAAAUAAAUUGAGUUGUUAACAUUUAAAACAUUUAAAAA